UUUGUAGACUCCGUCUGGUUUACAAAUUUUAGCUCUGGUAUCUACGAGGAGAACAUUUAUUGAAAUCUGCAGUAUAUAUAUAUAUUGUAAAUGGAAUAUUAUUAAACGUAGUAGAUAAAAAUAUAUUUGGUGGAUAUAUGAUUUCCACAUCCUGCUUUCGGUGGCUGGAUAUCUUGCUUUUUCUCAAUUGAAUACACAUAUCAUUUUUAUAGGAUAUUUGUGGAAUUUCCUUUAUUUGCAAUUACCCAAAGAAAAACGAAAUGUAUGUUUAGAGGAAUAACAGGGUUGAACUAUACGUAUACUUACUAAAAAACUAAGUCUUUUAAAAAGUGCCACAGAAGUAACAACCAAAAUAAAGACAGUUUAUAUUAAGUUAGUGGACGAAUUUGGUAAUUCAUGCGUUUACAUAAUAAAUGAUCUUCAGAAUACUGCUGCAUGCUUAUUGUGCAUAAUGGUGUACAGUUAUAAAGGAGAGGCCAGAACUGCGAGACAUAAGAGAUCUUUCCGGCAGCUUGAAUAUCAAUUAGACUAUCAUUUUGGAGAAGAUCGAGCCACUGCACUUUUAGACUACGGUUGUUAUUGUGGAAAGUCUGGUAAAAGCCACCCACUAGAUGGCGUGGACCAGUGUUGUAAAGACCAUGACGAUUGCUAUGAUCGUGAACACGAUUGUUUGCCGAAAACUUUGGAUUACCGAUUUUAUCUCGGAAACAAAACAGUCAACUGUGAAGAUGGUCCCAAUUCCUGUGAGGGGAGAGUAUGUAAGUGUGACAAAACAUUUGUUGACUGCCUGCAAAACAAAGAAUUUAAUCCAAUAUAUAACAAUGUAGACCAACAUAAAUAUUGUUCUGAUAAAAAGUCAUGUUAACAAUAAAUGUGUUAACCAA